AUGCCUCCCAGGCGGAGCGCUCAUCAGGUAGAUCCCACCUACAGUCCCUCAGGACGACGGUAUUCUCUCGGCCCCGAAUCCCCGCCGAGACGCUCACAACGUCUCGGCUCUGAGGGAGUCUCUUCAGUAAACUCAUUUUCACUACGGGCGACAACUCCUGAUGCCCGGCAACUCCACGCAACCUUGCGCGCAGCAUCUGAGAGCCCGACUAAAAGAAGAAGCCAGAGCAGGGUAGAAGACAGCGUACAUUCUUCCGUAACACCAUCCCCGCCAAUUCAACAUACCAUCUCGACUACUUCAACGCCUAAUGCUCCGAGUCUCAACCCCGCUAUUGCUACCAAUGGAGUCAGUCCGCUGGAGCCACAGACGGACCGUGGAUUCUCGUUCUUUCGAUACCCACACCUUCCCUCGCUUGGGUUUCGGAGAAAUCGCGGCUCUUCGGUGCUGCUGAGCUCCCCGCAACGUGACGAGGAAUUUGAGAAUGAGUCUGUCGUCUCAUGGAGACUAGAACGCGAGCUGCACAAGGAUGACCUGCAAAGAAGACAGGCAUUUGAUGACGAAGCAGAAACGAGUCAGGGACAGAACAUCAGAAGACCCCCUCGACGUCUAUCAGGACUGACGUGGGCAAACGACACGGCGGAUGAGCCAGAUCCGACGGCUACGACAGAUAGUCCUGAGUCGUCUCCAGUAAGGACAGCAGCAGCAAAAACAAUCAUAUCAAGCAAUGUGAUGAAACGGGAAGAUGUAGAGAGUUCUAUUGAGAGUACACGACCGUCGACUGCAGAGUUUACGGCUCCCCCAGUGGACAAACCUCGCCUAUUGCCUACGCCUUUAGAACGACAGACCUUCCAACGAGAAACUCGUCGGCGAAUCCCUUGGGGUUUCACCGUCAUAAAUGUUUCCAUGGCAAUAAUCACCGCAGCCAUCUUUUUCACUACUUGGCUUACACCAAUCAAACCAUUUGCACAUCGACAAGUCAGCUACUUACCCCUCAACGAAACCGAAGGACGAUUCGUCACCCAGCUGACCAGCGAAGUUGACAAACUGGGAUUGCAACUUUCAUCCAUGUCCCGAGAUGUACACCGCCUGAACUCCGAGCAAAAACGCGUAGUCGAACAAAUCACAGCCGUGCAACCACUAUCAGAAACAUUACCCCAAAUCAAUUUCCUUUCAUUAGGACUAGGGGCUCGUGUAGACCCAAUGCUUACCAGUCCAAGUAUCGGCACGCGCAGGACAUUCAUCCGACGAUUCUUCCAGAAUCCAUUCUUGACAUCAAGACAACCACCUCUUCCCAACCCCCCUGAAACCGCAUUACAGCCCUGGGACGAUAUCGGCGAAUGCUGGUGCAGCGCGCCGGGGAAUACCGGCCAGGCCCAGCUUGCAGUGCAACUGGGACAGCGCACAGUUCCCAACGAAGUCGUUGUCGAGCAGAUCCCGUUUGGCGCGUCACCGCAUCCCGAACUCGCGCCUCGAGAAAUGGAACUAUGGGCACGAUUCAAGCCUUAUUAUGGAAGCCACGACGCAGCCACGGCUGCAGCGACCGAAACGCCGGUGACGAGUAGAUCUAGGAGACAGGGAUGGUUCGGUGGCUGGCAAUCAACAACCUCCUCUUCGAAGCAGAAUACAAACACAUCUCCUCCGUCACUGUCUUCGUUACUGAAUACAAUAAUGGCAACGCUUCAUCAAGCUUAUCCAUCGGAGUCAGAGUCAGCGUACUCAAACGAUCGUCUCCUUGGACCAUCGUUUUUCAAACUUGGAGAAUGGGAAUAUGAUUUGCAUGGCGAGUCUGUGCAGCGCUUUCCACUCGAUGCGAUUGUUGACCUGCCCACAUUACGGGUGGACAAAGUCGUUAUUCGAGUGAAGUCUAACUGGGGAGGGAAUCACACCUGCUUAUAUCGUGUGAAAUUGCAUGGGCAUGUGUAG